AUGGCCUCUCCUCUGGCUGCCCCCACAGUGGUUGCAGAUGUAAUUAAAGAUCUAGACACUCAGAUAGCUUUGAUUGGUUUGGGUCCUCACAACCCCAAGAAGAAGCAGGACCUUGAGAAGCUUUAUGAUCUAAAAGCUAAAGCCCAACAGAUUAUGAACCAGUUUGGCCCUUCUACCUUGAUCAACCUCUCCAACUUCUCCUCGAUCAAGCAGGAGCCCCCCAGCCCCCCCCCCCAGAGCUCCAUGGCCAACAGCACCACCGUGGCCAAGAUGCCAGGGACACCCAGUGGAGGAGGACGUCUCAGCCCUGAGAGCAACCAGGUUUUAACCAAGAAGAAACUGCAGGACCUGGUGCGUGAGGUGGAUCCCAACGAGCAGCUGGAUGAAGAUGUGGAGGAAAUGCUGCUCCAAAUCGCCGACGACUUCAUCGAGAGCGUGGUCACUGCCGCCUGCCAGCUGGCCCGGCACCGCAAGUCCAGCACCCUGGAGGUCAAGGAUGUGCAGCUGCACCUGGAACGUCAGUGGAACAUGUGGAUCCCGGGCUUUGGUUCUGAAGAAAUCAGGCCCUACAAAAAAGCCUGCACUACAGAAGCUCACAAACAGAGGAUGGCGCUGAUCCGCAAAACCACCAAGAAAUAACCCCUGGGAGGAGGAGCCGGGAGCAGACGCCGCAGGUUGGGACACCUCCCUCUCCACCCAAACCUCCACAACGUCACCACCAUCCAUGGGAUAUUUUUUUUAAUGCUUUACAGAGAAGCAUCUAUUUUUGAUGACCGGUCCAGCAAUAUCUUGACUUUCUGAGGAGAUCUGCCAAAAAAAAACAUCCUGCCCCCUCUUCCUCAU